AUGACAGAUGUCGACGCUGGCAACACCGUGACCGAUUUCUUGGAGCUGGAACGCGCCAGAGGAAUCACCAUCCAAUCUGCAGCCAUCACGUUCCACUGGCCUUUGCCGCAGAAUUGUGCAAAAGGCACUCGCCCCAAGAUCGUCAACCUCAUCGACACACCAGGCCAUCAGGACUUUCGCUUCGAAGUGGACCGAUGCUUGCCUAUUCUAGAUGGAGCUGUGUGUAUCAUCGACUCUGUCAAAGGCGUGGAGGCACACACCGAGCGGGUCUGGUCUUCAGCGCAUGAUUUCCGCAUCCCGCGCAUCGUCUAUUGCAACAAGCUUGAUCGUGAAGGUGCCUCCUUCCGAAAAAGUGUUCUGGAGAUCGGCACGCGACUCAAGGGAUGGCCUCUGGUCUGUCAAAUUCCAUGGUGGGAGAAGGACGAGUUCGUUGGGGUCAUUGACAUCGUCGACCGCAUUGGAUAUCGCUGGAAAUCCGAGCGGGAAAAAGUGCGGUACGAGUCGGAUGCACUGAAAGAGAAAUUGACCUCGUCGAACAAGGACCUGAUUGCUGAGGUGGAGAACGCCCGGCAGCGGCUUAUUGAAGGGCUGGCGGACUUUGACGAGGCCAUCAUGGAGGAGUUCCUAGCUGAGAACACGGACAUACCUUCUGCCAUGAUCAAACAGGCGAUCAGAAGGGUGAUACGGACAGGCGAUGGCUCAGUCAUACCCGUGUUCGCAGGCUCGAGCUUCCGGCACAUCGGCGUUGAGCCUUUGAUGGACGCCGUCACAGACUAUCUUCCCAGCCCACACGAGCGACCGGAUGUUGAAGUUCGAAUAGGUGGCCAGAAGCAGAAGCUUCUGGCAUAUCUCACGGAGAAGGACAAGAAAGGCACCAAGGCUACAGUUGCCUCCGUCGCAUCCGUCUUCAAGGUGUUCAACCACCCCAAGGAGGGUGUCAUAAGCUUCGUCCGCGUGUACCACGGUUCGAUGUCGAGGAACGCCUCCACCUUCAAUACACACGUACACGCGACGGAGAGGCCGAUGGGCAUCCUACAAAUAUCAGCCGAAAAGACCCAGGAGGUCCAGGAGCUCACGGUUGGACAGAUCGGUGCCCUUCGUGGACUCAAGCAGUCACGCACGGGAGACACCCUGAUCACGACGGUGGGCAACAAGCCUACUGCUGAUAUCUUCAAACACAUGCAAAUCCGUCCUCCUGAGAUUCCGCCCCCGGUGGCAUUCUUGCAAGUCGACCCGUUUGGGAACUUGGCUGCGCAGGAGCUACAGGUAGCCUUGGAGAAUGCGUCGCGAGAGGACCCAAGUCUGCGGUGGAGCCGGAACCCAAAGACGGACCAGUUCACUAUCCAGGGUAUGGGCAAGCUGCAUCUUGACGUGUCCUUGCACAACAUGCGACAAAAAUACAAGAUUGACGCCGAGUUUGGUGCGAUUGAAGUCGACUACAAGGAAUGCCUCAUGGAGCCGGCGCCGCCGCUCACAACCGUCUUUGACCGCGCUGUGGCGAGCAAAGCUGGCAGGGUGACUUGCAACGUCGCUAUCCGCCCCUUGACGCCCGAUGAGUUUGAAGCCGAGGCACAGAAUGCGUUCGAACGGGACGGCAAUGUCUACGAUAUACAGAUACCCGACGGUGAAAAGUCUUUCGAUGUUGAGGAGACGAGACAUCAGCUGCUCAACGGUGCAAUAGCCGGCAUGGCGAGUGGUCCAAGAAGGGCCGCGCCGGUACAUGGCAAUCUUGUCAAGGUAGUCCUGGACGACUCGGAUGGUGCCAUUGCCACCCCAACUGGCGGACACUUUAGCGGUGCAGCGAGAGCAGGCGUGCAGGCUGUCCUUCGCGGCGCACUAGAGAGGCACCAAAUGGGUAUCCUGGAGCCCAUCAUGCUCGUGCAUAUCCUCUGUCCCGAAGCCGCAGCGGGCACCGUGCAACACGACGUGACAGCCGGCGCAGGCGGUGCCAUUCUCGAGGUCAACGACCGCUCUGCCGAAUCGACGGGCGACGAGCACAUUGAUGUUUCCAAGAUAUACGCACCGCCCGACCCUUAUGAUUCUGUCACGUCGCUCCGUGGCAAGAAAUCCAUGGCCAGGGUGACGGAAAUCGUCGCUAAGGUACCCUACAAGGAAAUGUUGAACUACGACGACCAUCUUCGAAGCAAGACGGCCGGCCGGCAUUCCAUGACCAUGUCCUUUGACUCCUUUGCGCGAGUCGUGGGGCAUCGCGAGAAGGGGCUUUGA